AUGGGAGCCGCACGCCGCCUGUUCGGAGAUACUGCUAGGCUUACCGAAUGGUAUACUGCCGACUCCGACUCUGAAGAUACUGCAGCAGCCAUUCGGGAGGACGGGCGAGAAACAGGGUUCGACGGAGAGGAUGAUCCUACCUACCCUCAAAUCUACUUCUCACCCACAGAGGAGAGAACCUAUAGUCGAGAACUGCGUUCCUCACUGAUCGUCAAAGCCCUAGGGCGUGCGGUCUCCUACACUGCUGUAUCUUUGAGACUGAAUGCCAUUUGGGCAAAAGCUGGGGGUAUUCAAGUUACGUCAAUGAAAAACGGGUAUUUCCUAGUCCGAUUCACUAGUGGCCUUGACUAUGAAAGAGCGGUGACAAACGGACCAUGGAUGAUAGGACCGAACUACCUCACAGUUCAUAUGUGGGAGAGGGAUUUCGACCCGUAUAACCAUGAGGUGUCCUCGACGUUAGUCUGGGGGAGGCUCCUCGACAUUCCAGUCCACUACUUCCAUCGAGAAGCUGUCAUGAAGAUUUUUCGCCGAAUCGGCAAACCAUUGCGAAUUGAUGAGGCAACCCGAACUGUAGCACGGAGCGAUUAUGCACGGGUAUGCGUCCAGGUGGACUUAACCAAACCACUGCUCUCCAAAUUCUCCAUUAAUGGCAAGAAGUAUUUCAUCCAGUAUGAGGGCCUGGAGAAAAUAUGUCUCAAUUGCGGUACGUAUGCAGAGAGAGGUGCAUGCACAUGCACGAGACAGCAGGAGCCCAUGGAAGCAGACGCCGUCGAAAAGGAGAUGCCACGUACCGAUAAACAACCAGAGGCGGUAUAUGGGGAGUGGAUGAUCGCAAAAAGAAAACCUAGACCACACCGACCGGACCAGGAAAGUGGGAGUACCCAACAAGCGGACAAGUCAAGAUCAACCAAACAAACAAAGGGGGGAGGAUCGCGGUUCCAUGCACUACAGGUGGAGGAUACGGAUGAACUUACGUCCGAGAAGGAGGAGAACGCUAACAUGGACAAUCCUGAACCAGGGACACAGACAAGAGAGACCGGGGCAAAAGAAACCAAGAAAAACCACCCAAACAAAAAGAAGGGGGCGACUCCGGUUAGCCCCACGAUAUCCACCUGUCCUGAACUCAACAUGGCCAAAAAGCUUCCUACUGCUAAUGGGAAGGGGAUUGGUCAUGAGGCGAGACCAGUUAUGGAGGAUGUUUCUACGGGCAAGGAGCUAGGUGCCCCGAUGCCCAGCAAGCAAAAGGCGUCAACAAGUUCUACGGGAAUGAAAGGGCACCAAUCUCAUCACUCAUACCCUCCACCAGAAGUAGCACAAACGGGGCGCCCACCGGACACAGACCAAACAGAGCACGUUCAAGCUCAAAUGGACACCAGCGAACCAACCAAGACAAACUCGUCUGGGAUGAUCAUCGACGGGGCUGACCCGUCCUCGAGAUAA